CCUCCCUAUUGUGUUGCCUUUGGCGCCUUGGUGCUAUAUAAGCCGCGGCGGAGGCCGGAGCGCAGGCUUUGCCGUUGCUGCUGGGGACGUCAGGGGGGUUGUCGAGCUUCCCGAGGGCGCCGCCGUGCCAUGGAGAUGGAGAAUCGGUUGACGCUGGAGUUGCGGAACAAGACGCCCGGCGAGGUGAAGAAACUGGUGCUGGACAACUGUCGCUCGGACAAUGGGAAAAUCUGCGGCCUCUCCUCGGACUUUGAAAACCUUGAGUUCCUCAGUAUGAUCAACGUCAACCUGCUCUCUGUCUCCAACCUCCCUAAGCUCAGCAAACUUCGGAAGCUGGAGCUGAGUGACAAUCACAUCUCUGGCGGUUUGGAAGUCCUGGCAGAGAAGACCCCCAACCUGACGCAUUUGAAUUUGAGCGGGAACAAAAUCAAGGACAUUAACACGUUGGAGCCCCUGAAAAAAUUGCCGCACCUACGGAGUUUGGACCUCUUCAACUGCGAGGUGACGAUGCUGAUCAACUACCAGGAGAGUGUCUUCGCCCUGCUGCCCCAGCUGACCUACUUGGACGGCUUCGACUCCAGUGACAAGGAGGCCCCCGAUUCGGACCCUGAAGCAGACGGCCUGGAUGACGACUACGAGGAGAACGGAGACGAAAGCGAGGACGAGGACGAAGAGUUCGAGGAAGAACUGGACGAAGAUUUUGUAGAUGACGAAGACGAGGAGGAGGAUCUGGAUGGGGAAGAGGAAGAAGAUGGAGUAGAAGAUGAGGAGGAAGAAGAUGAGGAGGGAGGAGAAGACGAAGAUGAUGAUGACGGUGAAGAGGACAUCCCGCAGGGCGAGAAACGAAAACGAGAGCUUGAGGACGAAGGAGAGGAAGUUCCGGAGGAUGAGGAGGAUGAGGAAGACGAGUGACUCCUCCUCCUCCUUGCGAGCCAAUCAGUUUUGCGGACUGUGACUUUUCUCACCCUGGCCGCCACUGUCGUGUCCCAUGUGAGACUGUAACAAAUUCCCCUCCCCGCCUGUCCCGCAAUGGCGUCUCUGCCCCUCCUCCACAAACCCCUCUUUGUAUGGCUGCAACUCCCACAGUAUAUUUUUUUAAAACAUAGAAUUUAAAAAAAAAAGGCAAGUAGGUGUUUUGGAAAAUGUUUUCUCCCCUCCACGGAAUGCUCACUUCUUGUGUGACACCUCCCCCUGGCCACUCCCCAUUUGGGUAUUUUGUGACCAAAGGCAUUCUUUGAUUUGGUGGUUUGUAGGGCUACAACCCCACUCCCUCCCCAGCAAUAUAUUUUUCUCCCCUCCCCAGUUUCUGGGAGGGUUGGCCAGGGGGGAGUCAAACCCACCUCCGCUCCCUUGGGCACUGCCAAUGAGAGCGCAGCAGGCUUCCGCUACGAUGGAUCCAACCUGCCGCCAUCUUUCAGUCAGCAUUCUGAGAACGUCGUGGAACUUCAAGGCUCCGUGUGGCAUCUGGGGGCUUCUUGGCCCAUUGUAGGGGCUGCCGGAUGACUGCCACAGAUGGGGCCAGUUUAAAUGGCUGCCGGAUAGCCACGGGUUUGCCUGGAGAUGGUUUUUACCUCUACUGAAUUGUUUUAUUUCCCGAUGAAGAGGAGAUACUCGAUAAGACUGUUAUAUAUCUUCAAACUGGAUUAUUACUUCAUUUUCAAAAUGUUGCUGUUUUGCUAUAACUUGCCAGCUCUUGCCUGACAGAGAAUACCCCGUUUGGUUGGUGUUAUUAGCCCCCCUCCCCAAUAAUUCCCUUUCAGUGCAAAUUAACGCCUUUAACAAGAAGGGAAAUUGGAGGUAUUUGACCUGGGCUGUUCCUGUUCCUUUUGGGGGUCCCAGCUCAUUUAUUGCUGGUCUUGGGUCACUCACUUCCCCAAAUCUACUGCAUCCUUAAAGGUGCAGUGGUCAGUAAAUACCAUUUUUGUUUGCAGAGAUGCACAGGGAGGGUUAUUGGAAGGGAAGGGAACUGAGUGAGGCAAAGAGGAGUUUGAAUAUUGUUAAUUGUAGUUCUUCCUGUUCUUGAGAUGGAGACCAAUAUGUUGGUGCUGGCAAGGGAGGUGGGAUGGAAGCAUUGGAGAAAGAUGGACCCCCCCCCUUUUUGUGUUCAGUGAAUAUUAAGCCUUAAAAAAAAAAAACCCAA